AUGAUGUCGCCGAGGCAGUUGAUGCGGAACUCAAACAUGACGCAGAAGUGGCAACGACGAGAGAUCUCCAACUUCGAGUACCUCAUGUUCCUCAACACCAUUGCAGGACGGACAUACAACGACCUGAAUCAAUAUCCUGUGUUCCCGUGGGUCCUCACUAAUUACGAGAGCGAGGAACUUGAUCUCAGCCAACCUUCGAAUUACCGAGAUCUCUCUAAGCCGAUCGGUGCACUAAAUCCGAGUCGACGAGCGUACUUUGAAGAGCGCUACAACACGUGGGAGCACGAAUCGACACCCCCCUUCCACUACGGCACCCACUACUCGACUGCGGCCUUCGUCCUCAACUGGCUUGUCAGGAUCGAACCGAUGACGACUAUGUUUCUGUCCCUUCACGGGGGCAAGUUCGACCAUCCCAACAGGCUCUUCUCGUCCAUCGCGCUCUCCUGGAAGAACUGCCAGCGGGACACGUCUGACGUUAAGGAGCUAAUCCCCGAGCUCUUCUUCCUCCCGGAGAUGCUGGUUAACAACGCGGGCUGCAAGCUGGAGCUACCGGACAACCCCACGGGAGACGUGCAGCUGCCGCCGUGGGCCGCUUCGCCCGACGAAUUCGUGCGCAUCAACCGAAUGGCCCUGGAGUCAGAGUUCGUUUCCUGCCAGCUGCAUCAGUGGAUCGACCUCAUAUUCGGCUACAAGCAAAGAGGUCCUGAAGCGGUGCGGGCCACAAACGUCUUCUACUACUUGACAUACGAGGGCGGCGUCCGUCUCGAGCAACUAACGGAGCCCGUAACGCGCGCUGCGGUGGAGGAGCAGAUUCGAAGCUUCGGACAGACUCCGGCGCAGUUGCUCAGCGAGCCGCAUCCGCCGCGAGCGUCUUCGCUGCACCUGGCUCCGCUUAUGUUUGCUGCGGCACCAGACGACGUUUGCCUUCGACUCAAGCUGCCAUCCAACGCGGCUGUCGUCCACGUUUCUGCUAAUACGUACCCGCAGUUGCCAGCACCAGCUGCGGUCACAGUGAGCGCGGCGCGAGCUUUCGCAGCGCAUCGUUGGGUGGGGGGAGGCUGUGCGCAUGUGGCAGCAAGACAUGCUGAUCACCAGCCACCACAUCACCCCCUCGUUAUGGAUCCAGUUUGGGCCGCUGGCGGAUCAGGUGCCCUAGCGCGUCGUCAACUCGGCGAUAACUUCUCUCAGCGCGUGCGCGCGCGCAGCAACUGCUUCGUGACGACAGUGGACUCACGGUUUCUGGUAGCCGGGGGCUUCUGGGACAACAGUUUCCGCGUGUUUUCGACUGACACCGGUCGCAUAGUUCAAAUCGUGUUCGGUCACUACGGUGUGGUGACUUGCCUGGCUCGAUCCGAGUGCAAUAUCACCUCUGACUGUUACAUUGCCUCCGGGUCCGAGGACUGCACGGUGCUAUUAUGGCAUUGGUCAGCUCGGGCGUGCGGAGUCGUGGGCGAGGGCGAGAGCCCGGCUCCACGUGCUACCCUCACCGGUCAUCUGGCUCCGCUCAACGCUCUGCUAGUUUCGGCUGAGCUCGGCUUAGUUAUUUCUUCGUCUGUCAAUGGGCCAGUGCUCAUUCACACGACGUUCGGAGAGGUGUUACGGUCUUUGAAACCCGCGGAGGGUGUAUCAGGCCCUCAGCAGCUCGCCUUGAGCCGCGAGGGCGUGGUUGUGGUCGCGUAUCAACGAGGACACCUCGCGGCGUUUACGCUCAACGGCAGAAGACUGCGACACGAAACCCACAACGAUCACUUCCAGUGCCUGGUUCUAUCUCGUUGUGGUGAAUACCUCGUGUGCGGUGGCGAGGCCGGAGUGGUGGAGGUUUGGCGCGCAUUCACGUUGGCACCCCUUUACGCGUUCCCGCCCGCUGGCGCGCCGGUUUGCUCACUCGCGCUUUCGCACGACCAAAGAUACCUGUUAGCCGGCCUGGACAACGGAUCGCUGGUAGUGUUCCACAUCGACUUCAACCGGUGGCAUCACGAGUACCAGCAGCGCUACUGA